CCCCCUCCUCUUCCUCUCUCUCUCACUCUCUCUCUCUAUAGAGAGACACCAUAGGUAGUUGACCGUGAACCCAAAGAUUGCCUUUUUCUUACUCAACACUUUAUACCUUCCUUCCUCUACUUUACAUCAUUUUCACACACACACACACACAGAUGGCUGGAGUGAAACUGUUCCUAGCCUUCUUGGUGGGUUUCUCAGUGACCAUGGGAGGGACAUGGGUUGAUGCCCAAGUUCACCAUGUGGUUGGGGGUGACAGUGGGUGGGGCCCAUCGUCGGACCUUCUUUCUUGGUCCUCCGGUCGGGCCUUCAGGGUCGGUGACAAAAUCUGGUUCACCUACUCCGCAGCAGAGGAGAGCAUCGUGGAGCUGAAAAGCAUGGAGGAGUAUCUGUCGUGCGAUGUAACUAACCCUAUCCGGAUGUAUACGGACGGCCUAGAUAUAGUUCCCCUUGAUGGGGAAGGAAUCCGCUACUUCGCGAGUGGGAACCUCGAGAGCUGCAAAAAGGGGUUGAAGCUACCCGUGGAGGUCAAGCCCAUGGUGAAAAAUGAAACUUCUGCAAUGGCGUUGGCAGCUGGGCCGACCCCUUCUGGUUCGGCCCAAAUGAGUGGGCUUCCUUGUCUGCUGUUUGUGGGCCUUUUCUUUUACUAUGUGGGCCCGUAGAAGCAACUUUUAUUGCCUCUUUCUUCUUCGGCCCAACUGAGUGGGCUUUCUUGUCUACUAUUUGUGGGCCUGUAGAAUCAACUUGUAUUACCCAAUAUUUAAUUCUUGUUUGCCUUUUCUUUUUUUCUUUUUUCUGUUGGUUGGGGGGGAGGGGAAUCGUGGCUUAUUGUGUUACCCAACAUUUAUGGUUUUUAUUUUUGGUGAGGAUUUAUGGGUUUUUUUGUGGUGAGGAUUUAUGGUUUGACUGUAUGCUGUACUGCAUAAUGGGUUUUUCUCCAAAACUAUUUCUUGAUGUAGCAUCUACCAACUCUAAUGUGUGUUUCUUUUAAGAGAACCGACUGCUAACUUUUUUGAGCUUUUCUGUACUUGAACACGAUAGAUU